AUGGCUCCGCUAGCACUUGAUCAUGCUGCUCUCCUCCAAUAUACUACAACUGUCGAAGGUACGCAGGGUCUCUUUAUGCCUCUUCGAGGAAGAGACACCAUCCUGACCUGGUUUGAGUAUAAGGCAAGGCUUCGGGUGAGGAACUGGGAAAUAAACCUCACGUGGCGGCUUCAGAGAAUGACAAUAUAUAGGAUACAACCAUAUAGGAAUUCGAAGAGGAAAGGCAAGAAUCAGACUAAUCAUGUGGGAAACAACGCUACUUUCAGCGGUGAGGCGGCUGCGCCGCCUCCGCCAAAGAAGCCGCGACAGCACUGGGGUGAGCUCAGGGAGUUGUCGACGGCAAACACUAACUACGGCGCUGGGUCUCGGUCAAAGAAGGGCAACGCAGUGAGUCCCAAUCCUCACUGUUCUUCCCUUCACCUUUCACUCAUCCUUAACCAGCAUAGCGAGAACGACCCCACUAAAGUGGGCUCUGCAUGCGAUUAUGUAUUGACUCCCUAUAAUUUCGAUGAAGAAGCUCCAGCUCAAUCCCACUCUCAAGCUACCGGGCCCGAAUCCUUUGUCCGAUCUUCCGGAAACCCCGCUACUCCUGUUAUCAAAUAUCGAACCCCAUCUUCGCCUGUGUUUCCACAGGCGGGUUUGGCAGCUGAUCCAAUGGGUCUUGACGCUGCUCAAAGUCUAUCCUCACCGCCUGUGGCUUUGCCACCGGUACCGAAUAGCUUCGCUGCUGCUCUGAUGCCUGUAUACAGGACAAUCCUCUGCGUACCCCCAAUGAGCAUUGAGGACCACCUAGAGCGUUUCAGGGUGGCACACGGGAUUCUUUUCGAGGUCAAUGACUUAUUAGCCCACUACUCCAAUAUCCAGUUCACCUUGUCGAUUAGGGAUGGAGGAUGGUCUGGUAGGCCUUUGAGUGUCAUUUCAGCUCCUCAACGGUCACCAAUUGCAGAGAAGAAGGGCCCAGUGGUUCAUUCAGACAGGUGGUCUAUGAGAGCAGUUUUUCUAGCUUGUGUUGUCCUCUGGGUAUUGCCUGUACCUGCACGAAUGUUCAAAUGGGAUUAUUUGGCUAGUACUGCAGUCGAGACAGGUUGUGAAAUCAGCAGGAGAGCUAAGAGGGUAUGUGAUCGCAGAGAACAAGCGCCAGAAUACCGUAAAUAUGCCACCCUCACCAACACCACACCGGCCCAACCCACCCAUCUUCCCUAUCCUCCAAACCCCUAUGACCCCUUAUUCCUUACACCAUUAUUAUUCCGUCUUCACUCUUUCACACUCUCCACCCGAUCUUCGCACGAGAUGAGCUCGCGCGAGGUAGUUAAAAGCUUCAUGGCUAGAGUGACGUUGGCUUAUUCUUCUUCUUCGCUGAAAUAUUAUCUUUCCAGCAUGGGGAAGUCACUUGAGAGCUUCGAGGAGCGGGCGAUGUCGUCGCCAAAUUGGCCUCUUAUGGGCAACAAACCAGAAGCACACGACAACGGAUAUGAAAUCAGCUACUUCAUGGAGCUCUGUUUCCUCAAACUGAGAUAUAUCACGCAUCGUCAAAGAAAGAUUCAUAAUGAAUUGUCAUUUUCCUUACUGGACGGAAAGAAGGGCUCCAAAUGCACUACUCCACGCCAUUAA